AUGGUUCACGCAACUAGAGGGAAACAAUUCACUCUUAGCGGUAUAACCCAAGACCACACUAAGUACUCCUACGCCAUCGCAUACUUGAACUCUCCGCAAAUAAAGGAGAUCAAGGACGUAGUAACACGACCGCCUGCAGAUAACAAAUAUGACGCAGUCAAAAGAGCACUCAUUUCGCGAAUGUCCGUUUCUCAGGAGCAACGUACACGACAACUCCUAGAACUCGAAGACAUCGGGGACCGCAAGCCCUCACAAUUUCUUCGACACUUUAGGACGUUAGCAGGCGAAAACGUGCCCGACGCCUUACUACGCUCGCUCUGGCUCGGGAGACUUCCCUCCCAAAUGCAAAUGGUUCUCGCUACACGGACAGAGGACCCCUUGGACCAGGUGGCCGAACAAGCUGACCGCAUACACGAAAUGACGAACAAAACAGUGGUAGCCUCUACAACGGCCGUCUCGACAAAAGGCUCACCGGACAAGAAAUCUCUCGAAGCCCAGAUGCAAGCUCUGACGAAACAAGUUGCAACCCUCACUACGCAACUUUCAAGAGGUAGGGCUAAGGAAAAAAAAACAGGAGAGGAGCAGAAGCCAGAGUCGAAGCCGGAAGUCUAA